AUGUACAUACUCAGUUCGCUUGGCAGUGCCUGGUCGAGCACAUACGACUGGGCGUUCAGCAAAAUAUGGCUCGGCGAGUCCACACGCAACGACAUCAAAGCGGACCCGUACCGGCGACAAAUCUGGCCCGACUAUCCAUGGCAAGGUUCUGGAGAUCGGGCCUGGCUACGGCUCCUCGCUCAAGCUCCUACGGCACCGCACCGACACUUCCGGCCAGCGGCUUAUCGACCACAAGCAAAUCACCUCCUACACGGCGCUCGAGCCCAACCCGUUCCUCUACAAGGGCCUAGCAGGCCAACGCCGAGGAAUGUGGGUUCGCCGUGGUCCUACGACCGCGGAGGCGUGCCGUUUAAUAUUGUGCGUGGCACGCUCGACGACGAAAACGAAAUCCCGAAGUUCAUCCGCGACGAGGCCCCGUAUGACUCCAUUGUGACGUCGUUUGCGCUCUGCACGGUGGGCUGCCCGCAGACCACGCUGGACAACAUCUUCAGUCUGCUGAAGCCCGGCGGCACCUACUAUUUCAUCGAGCAUGUGCGCCAGACAGAUAAAGCGGACCGCACAGUCAAGGUCGGCAUGGAUAUGAAUGCGAGAGCGUGGGCAAUUGUGCAGGACUGGAUUACGCCUGUGUGGGCAGUUGUUGGUCCAUGGGUGCCAGCUCAAUCGGCGGACCGGCUGAGCAGAUCGCUGCCAUGA